UUUCUUUUCAGCGUAAUUUCUUAACCAUUGAAUUGAAUUAUCAACCCCAUUACCCACUCAACGAAAAAGCUAAAAAUCCCCCCGCAAGAUUCAGUUCCAAGUCGCAAAUGCAACACUCUGGUCAUUUUCUUCACACCCCCAAACCAAGUCAAUGUCUCUCCUCCAUUCUCUUCUUAGACCAUUCCUGCUAUAGAUUCGGGUUUGAUAUGUGUGUGAAUCUGUAAACCCUAACCCUAGAUAACUGAACCCAAACCAGAUUCAAUCUUUGCUCUUCCGAUCAACGAUCUCUCAUGACUUGUUUCCGAGUAUUCAGGUAUAUUCUAUCAGUUGUGAUUGUGUUUUUGUGGAUCGUUUGUGUUGCGAUCGGCGAUGAUGAUGUGAAGUGCUUGCAAGGUCUGAAGAGCUCGUUCAAAGACCCUCAAGGUAAGCUCGCAACAUGGACUUUCUCCAACAAUUCGAUUGGAUUUCUAUGCAAAUACGUCGGCGUGUCUUGUUGGAACGAUCGCGAGAACCGUCUGUUCGGUCUCGAGCUUCGUGAUAUGCAACUCGCCGGCCAAAUUCCCGAGCCUUUACACUUCUGUCACAGCUUGCAGUCUCUGGAUCUCUCCGGUAACGAUCUAUCCGGUUCGAUUCCUAAACAAAUUUGUACUUGGUUGCCUUUUAUAGUAACCCUAGAUUUGUCUACUAACAAUCUCAGUGGUCCAAUUCCGGACGAACUUGCUAAUUGUUCUUAUUUGAACACUCUGAUGCUGUCGAACAAUAAAUUAUCUGGACCUAUACCUUACCAGUUCUCAAGUUUGGGUCGUCUAAAGAAGUUCUCUGUUGCCCAAAAUGAUCUGUCCGGACCGAUUCCACCGUUCUUAGAUGGUUACAAUUCGGCCGAUUUCGCUGGGAAUGAUGGACUUUGCGGUAAGCCGCUUGGGAAGUGUGGUGGUUUGAGCAAGAAGAAUCUUGCAAUUAUAAUUGCGGCCGGAGUUUUUGGGGCUGCUGCAUCGAUGUUGCUAGGUUUUGGCAUUUGGUGGUGGUAUUUUACAAAGUCCAGCCUGAGGAGGAAGAGAGGGUAUGGGGCUGGAAGAUACGAUGAUGGGAGUUGGGCUGAGAGGUUGAGGUCGCACAAACUUCUUCAGGUUUCAUUGUUUCAGAAACCCCUUGUGAAAGUUAAGUUGGCGGAUUUGAUGGCUGCGACCAACAAUUUCAGUGCAGAAAAUAUCAUCAUCACAACUAGGACGGGAACCACUUAUAAGGCUGAUCUUCCUGAUGGGUCUGCACUUGCAAUUAAGCGGCUCAACACUUGCAAGCUAGGUGAGAAGCAGUUUAGGUGGGAGAUGAAUAGAUUAGGGCUGCUUAGGCACCCGAAUUUAGCUCCCUUGUUGGGGUUCUGUGUGGUGGAAGAGGAAAAGCUUCUGGUUUAUAAACACAUGUCAAAUGGAACUCUGUAUUCACUAUUGAAUGGAAAUGCAGCUGAAUUGGACUGGGCAACCAGGUUUAGGAUUGGUUUGGGUGCUGCAAGGGGGCUUGCUUGGCUUCAUCACGGCUGCCAACCUCCCAUCUUGCAUCAGUACAUAAGCUCUAAAGUGAUUCUACUUGAUGAGGACUUCGACGCUAGGAUAAUGGAUUUUGGAUUGGCAAGGCUUAUGACAUCUUCUGAUGCUAAUGAGAGUAGCUUUGUUAAUGGGGAUUUAGGUGAAUUUGGUUAUGUAGCUCCAGAGUAUUCUAGCACAAUGGAAGCUUCACUAAAAGGGGAUGUUUAUGGUCUUGGGGUAGUGCUCCUGGAGUUGGCUACUGGGCAGAAACCUCUUGAAGUCAGCAACGCUGAGGAAGGAUUCAAGGGAAGUUUGGUGGAUUGGGUUAAUCGGCUCUCUAGUUCUGGUCAAAUUAAGAAUGCCAUUGAUAAGGCUCUCUGUGCAAGGGGCCAUGAUGAAGAAAUUGUGCAGUUCCUGAGAAUUGCUUGUAAUUGUGUGGUUUCUCGGCCUAAGGACAGGUGGCCAAUGUACCAGGUUUACGAAGCAUUGAAGAGCAUUGCUGAGGGCCAAGGUUUCUCUGAGCAAUAUGAUGAAUUUCCUCUACUUUUCGGCAGGCAAGAAACUGGCCGUCCAAUUUAACUUUGCAGCAAAUGGAAGGGAGAAGCAUGACGAAGUGGUUUACACUUUGCUGUGUAAAAAUUUUCAACAUCUUGUGGUAAGCUCUCAAAUGCUUUCAUACCAAUCAGUGCGUUCUUCAUUUUAUCUGGUUCAAUUCCCUUUUUAUUGGAUAUAGCUGUACGAUAUACUAAACUUCUCAAAACUGUAGUUCCUCUUAUUUGGUAAAAUCUGUUCAUUUGCACUUUGUUGUACUGAAAACGGCCUCCAAGUUCUUUUGAUGUUUGUAACAUGCUCGUCUUUGUAGUUUUAAGAAAUUUCAUCUUUAUCAUGUCAUAAUUGUACCCAACUGAAGGGACCAUUAUUGGUUUGGUUUUAUGUAAGUCUUUGAUUUGCUUUAUUUAAUGCAUGGUCCUUUCCUUGCUA